UAUGAAUCCUUUACAAUAGCUUUACCUCUAAGCAAUUAUCAAACACUAAGAACAAGAAAAGGUGAAGUAAGAAGAAUAAGUCUAAAAGUAAAGUAACGAAGUAUAAUAUUAUAAUUAAUACAUUAGAUUCUUAAAUAGUAGCAACUCUUAUCAUUAAUGUCAUAUUCUACAGACAACCUUAUAGAAAAGUAAUUAUAAAUAUUUAAUUUUUAGAAAAGCUUGGUCUCUAAUUGACAUUCAAAAUAGGGUUACCUAAUAUUUUUAAUAAUAAGUGUUGAGAAAGUAAGUUGUAACAAUUAAAAACUGUAUUGAAUAUCAUCUGCCCUAUUUUUUGAAUGUAUUGGGUAAUUUGAUCAUUCAUGGAUUGGAUCAAAUAUAAGGAGAAACUGAACAGAUAGUUUUACUUAAAACAUAAUUCAUUGCCUAACCAAAUAAAAUUACAAUGAGUAGUUCUUUAUUUUAAACACUCUCUCUUUUAUUGAGAUCUUAACUUGUAUAAUAUGAUAAAGGUAAUCUAGAAUAUUUAUUUGAAUAUUAGGUACAUAAUUCCUUUCCAAAUUCUUAAUAUUCAGAGAUGACUUUUGUGAUAUUUUCUUUAAUACUCUUUAUUAGUAUUCUAUAUCAUCCAACUAAUAAGUGAGUCAAUAAUUGAGUUUCAAUCAACUUUAUUCUAUGAUUAAAAAAGUACCUGAAGAUAUUUGGGGAACCUUUAUUUUCAAAAUGUUUAGCUAAUAACAAUAGAAAUUGAAUAAAGAUUAAUUCUUAGUUCAAUUCAAUUAAUACACUGUUAAUAUGAAUAAUUUCUUCAAAAAGUCUAAUUUGAUUUUUGAUGUUGUAGAAAACACUGUCAAACAAACUGCUUAAAUGCACAAUGAUUCAAUUUUCUAAGAAGUAUAUAAAUCUAUUAAAUAUUAGUAUCUCUUAAUUAUGGGAAGUUUCAAAGCUACUACUUAAGACUUUCUUAGAAAAGCUACUAGUGUAUAUUUUGAAGAACAUAAUGAUGAGAUUGACCUAAAUGAAUUCAACAUCAGAACUUAAAAAAUACACAAAUAGAUGAAUUGUUCAAUCUUAUAUAUUCUACCUAUGUUAUUAUAAAUUGAAAGUCAUAUGAUUGACAUGAUACAAUAAGAUAGAUAUAAUGAUAAUACUUAAGUCAAGAAUAGUUCCAAUUAUUAUUUGAAAAUGAUUGAAAAAUUGAAAAAUAAAUGUGUGUAUAAUGGAGAAGAUGAAUGCAAUUGCAAAAAGUGUCAAUGUAUAAGAAGGAAUAGGAAUUCGGCUAAAGAAUCUUAAAGAAAGAAAAGAGAAGCUCUUGAAAAGAUUGGACCACUCUAGGAUGCUUAUGAAGAAUUGUAAAAGAAAGUAUACAUUCUUAAUUACAAUUAGGUUAAAGUUAUUGAAAAUGAAAAUGAGACUCUAAGAUAAUUAUUAACUGAGGUUUUUAAACAUCCUACUGUUUCAUAAUUAUCACCAGAGUUCAUUGAACCAUUGACUAAGGUUAUUUAAGAUACAGAUCCUGUACAACAUUCAAAUUCUUAUGAAUGUUGAUU